AUGUCGACCAGCGCUGAUAAUACGAGCAAUAGCAAUGCUUACCGGAUCCCGCUCCUGAAGGAAGACAAUUGGCUCCCGUGGAAGCGCCGCGUCGAGGCCAUCCUUAAUGAUAAGGGUCUCCAGGAGUAUGUGACCGGAAAGACACCGAAGCCACAGCCGAGUAAUGACCCAGCCAAUAGGGCAGCGAGAGAGGCGGAGAUUAGCGCCUGGGGAGAGAAGGACCUCAAGGCCCAGAACGUAAUUGCGCUAUCGCUGGGAGAUUCCCAGAUGGUGCACAUCGCUGGAGCCGAGACGGCACGGGCCAUGUGGGAGCAGCUUCGCACAGUCAAGGAACAGUGUGGACAGCAUGGAAUUCUCGCGCUGUGCCGGCGUUUUUACCGGAUGCAAGCCAAGAAAGAAGAUAAUAUCUCCAGUCACAUUACACAGCUACGACAGAUCCAGGAACAACUCCACCUAAUGGGGAAGGUUGUUUCUGACGAAGAUUUCCGGCUCAUUCUGGCUACCUCAUUACCGGAGAGCUGGGACUCUUUCCUCAGCUCUUACUUUGGCGCCGUGGGUGGCAAUGUUGGCGCCGAAGGUGCUGACAACGUGCGCCCUCAGCUUACAUCACAAGAAUUGAUUGCCAUCAUUCUUGAUGAAAAUAGGCGAAGGCACGAGCGUGGCGAGCGCGGUCAAUCCUCGGACCAAGCCAUGGUUGCCAAAGGAAAGAAGCGCCCCUUUGGGGAAUACAAAAAAUGUUCGAUCUGCGGAAAGCCGGGACAUCUUGGUAACGAGUGUCGGCACCGCGACAAGGUCAAAUGUAUGAAUUGCGGAAAAUUCGGGCAUAAGGCCACGGAUUGUUGGGCUAAAGGCGGCGGCAAAGCCGGACAGGGCUCGCCGAUGAAACGGCAAAAGACGGAACGUGCUUACGAAGCGCGCGAGGUCGAAUCGAAAGAGGAUGAGGCAAAAAUAGCCUACGAUAAUGAUAGCGACACUGUAUCUCUCGGAUCUGAUGGCGAAAUCGCUUCUUUCUAUGAGUGGUUUGCCGACUCCGGGACAACUUCGCACAUUACAAAUCGUCGUGAAGUCUUCGCGACCUAUCAGGCGCUCGAAGAUCACACGAUCACGGGCAUCGGACCGCAACCAACGCAGGCAUUGGGCCGCGGUACGGUCGAUGUCGAAAGUAAAGUAGGAGACCGGAAAGUGAAAUUCCGUCUCCACAGUGUACUGUAUGCGCCGACAGCACCCAAUAGCCUCCUCUCCAUCACGCGUUUGGACGAUGCGGGAGGAAGAGUACUUAUGGAGCAGUACCGCGAGCACCUCCCAUCCCAAGCGGAGUGGAGCACAGAACGAAACGCACAUUUCAUAGGAGGAAGGCCUGUAUUCAUCAGGCCAGACAAUCACAACUUCGACUACUCCCCAGAGGAAUUUGAAAGGACACUUCCCCAUAAUCUUGGUGGAAUAGUGCUCCAGCACAUCGCAGACAGCGGUAUAACGACCUCCUAUCCAGGAGAAAGACCAGACGCCCCUUGGAACCCCCCUGCCCAGAAUCCUGUACCCCAACCGACUCUUGCACCAAUCGUACCCGAUUACAUACCACCGAUGGCUACAGUUACCAUGGAUGAAGGACGUCACCAUGCUAGCCAGAAGGAACUUGGUUUUAGAAAACCCGAGAUCUUCAACGGUUCGGACCGUUCGAAGCUUAGGGAAUUUAUAAACCAAUGCAAGAACUACAUGGCCGGAAAUAGCCAUGUCUACCAGGAGGACAAUCAGAAGAUCGCAUUCGUGCUAUCGCACAUGCAAGGAGGAACAGCAGGAUCAUGGGCACAGAGCUUCAUAGAAACGGAACUCACCAAUGAUGACUUCCUUUCUUAUGGGAGUUGGAGAGACUUCAUUGCAAGUGUGAACAAAGCAUUUGGCGAUGAAAAUAUUGAAGAAACCGCUCGUACCUUGCUGCGUAACAUCAAGCAAGGAACUCGUACUGCGGACGACUACAUUGCUGAAUUCCGAUCGCUUGAAUCCAAGGCGAAACUAGAAGAUGCCGGAAAUAUCGAGUAUUUCAAGUGGGGACUUAACGACCCACUCCGACAAAGGAUAUAUGGGAUGGAAAGCAUGCCCAAGACACUUGACAAGUGGUACGAAUACGUCUCGCGGUUUGAUAACCAAUGGAGAUCUGCUCAGAUCUUCAAGCGAGGAGCCACUACGACGACGCGAGGAAAGGGCCGAUCUGUCCAUCGUCCCUACUACUCGGCUUCUGCAAAGGAUCCAAACGCGAUGGAUGUUGAUCGCGUCAAUAUCUCGCGCUUAUCCCCAGAUGAGCGACAGAAGAGAAUGAAAGAAGGAUUAUGUUUCCUAUGCGGAAAGAAGGGCCAUAUAGCCAACGACAGACAAUUUCACCCCCAGUCUGGAAGUUUCACCCGUGCUAGAACGAUACAGCCCGGGUUAGACACAGACACGAUCACAUGGAUCAAGAAGAUGCGAGAAGGCCUCGCACAGAAGAAGGAGACGUUGAAGGAAGAAACCAGAGAGGAACAGAUCGCCUAUGUGCGAAAUGUCUUCAACGACAUGACCGAUGAAGAACGAACCCAAUUGGCCGAGACGUUCAUGAACAUUCGUUUUGCGGAAGAAAACGAUUUCAUCAGAUGGGAAUUACCGAAACCGAUUACAGUCAUGAAUGCAGAUGGCACACCAAAUCAAAUGGGUACCAUUACUCAUUGCACCUGGAAGAUGAUGAAAAUCGGAGGAAGGAAGACGCUUACUCGCUUCCUCUUGACCGGCAUUGGCAAAGAAAACAUACUUCUCGGCAUGCCGUGGCUUAAACGCCUCAAUCCGAUGAUCAACUGGGAAACCGGUGACUUUUGGUUUGGUAAAGAGGCCAAAUGGCCACCGAAACCCACCGUCGAAGACGCACCAGAUAAAGAAGUUUCGAUUUUCAAGGAAGAUGAACUCCCAGAGCUAAUCACCACCGAAACUUCCCCUACCUCGUUUGGGCAUUCAGAAUCUAUCAGAGAAAUCAUGACCGAUAACACUGAGCGUGGCGAGUUACCCGCAGUGCGGAAUGAUACCGAACUAGAUGACCUACCAUCAGAAUCCCCUAUGGAUCAGCUCGAUGACGACGAUCUAGUUAUAUCCUAUAUCGCAGGAGAGCCAGUCAUUGGGAUAUUUGAACCCAUCAGGAAGGAGUCACUUUUGACGAAUGAAGAGACUGAAACCGCAGUCUUCACCAUACGAAGAGGCCCUGCCAUUGGAAGAAUGACACACAGUACUCGAUCCCCAUUAUUCUGUAAUGCACAGAAUACGGUCUUUUACAAACCAUCCGGUAAAUCACAAGAAUUGGCACAACAGGCACACAAAGAAGCAUCAGCUGUAGACAAACCCAAAACCGUCGAGGAGUUGGUCCCCAACUACCUCCAUGAUUUGAAGUCCGUCUUUGAAAAGAAAGCAGCUGAACGCUUUCCAGAAACCAGGCCUUGGGACCACGCCAUUGACUUGAAACCCGAUUUUAUUCCACGCGACUGUAAAGUCUAUCUGUUAUCGCUCAAAGAACAAGGAGCGAUGGAUGACUUCCUGGAAGAAAAUCUGCGAAAAGGAUACAUCCGACCGUCGAAAUCUCCCAUGGCUUCACCAUUUUUCUUCGUAGGAAAGAAAGACGGAGCACUACGUCCUUGUCAGGAUUACCGAUACCUGAAUGAAGGGACGGUGAAGAACGCCUAUCCUCUUCCGCUCAUCUCUGACCUUAUGGAUCAAUUCAAAGGCGCAUCGAUCUUUACGAAAAUGGAUUUACGCUCCGGAUAUAACAAUGUCAGAAUCAAAGAUGGUGACCAAUGGAAGGGCGCAUUUAAGACAAAUCGCAGACUUUUUGAACCUAUGGUCAUGUUCUUUAGACUCUGCAACUCCCCGGCGACUUUCCAAAUGAUGAUGAACGCACUCUUCAAGGACAUGAUCGAUGAGGGAUGGAUAGUCAUUUACAUGGAUGAUAUCCUCAUCUUCUCAAACGAUUUGGAAGAACAUCACAUUCGAACCCGACACGUACUCCAACGACUCGAAGACAACGACUUAUUCCUUAAACCGGAAAAGUGUUUCUUUGAUGUUAAAGAAGUCGAAUUCCUAGGCAUGAUCAUUCGAGAAAACUACAUUGGCAUGGACCCUAUCAAACUUAAAGGAAUUGCAGAAUGGCCUGAACCAAGCACGGUAAAAGGUGUUCGCUCUUUCCUAGGGUUUGGAAACUUCUAUCGGAAGUUUAUUGCCAACUUCUCGGAUAUUGCCAAACCAUUGACAAAUCUUACGCGCACUGCCGCUGGAUCUCCACCUUUUGAAUGGACGACAGAAUGUCAGACAGCUUUCGACACGUUAAAACAACGAUUCAGUACCGCCCCAGUACUGUUACUGCCUGACAAGGCAAAACCCUUUAUUGUUGAAUCCGACGCUUCCAAGUUUGCUACGGGUGCAGUUUUACGCCAAGCCGACAUCAAUGGAGACCUCCAUCCUUGUGCCUACAUUUCACAGACACUCAACCCAGCUGAACGGAACUACGAAAUCUACGACCGCGAACUCCUCGGAAUCAUUCGAGCCCUCGCUGAAUGGCGCCAUUAUCUUGAAGGCUCUCCCCAUCCCGUCGAAGUUCGCAGUGAUCACAAGAACCUCACGUACUUCCGUACAGCUCAGAAGUUAAACCGCCGACAAGCACGAUGGAGUCUCAAAUUAUCACAAUUUGAUCUUCACCUCGUUCAUGUCCCCGGCACUCAGAUGAUCCAAUCUGAUGCACUAUCUCGUCGUAACGGACUCGAUGACAGUGAAAGUGACAAUGAAGAUUGCGUUCUUUUACCCAAUGCACUGUUUGUGCGAUCCAUUUCCCCGACAUUAUUUGACGAAAUCAGGAAUCACGCAGCAAAAGACCUCAUUGUUCACGAAGCCCUCGAAGCGAUUGCGCACAAAGGGCCAUUCCCCAUGAAAUCAUCGCUUUCUGACUGGGAAGUUCGCGAUGGUGUCAUCCUCUACAAGGGAAAGAUCUACGUUCCACCAUCUGAAACUCUUCGUCGUGACCUCGUUCGACUACAUCACGACUCCCCUGCCAUGGGUCACCCUGGAAAGUUCAACACUCUUGAACUGUUACGUCGUGAAUUCUGGUGGCCCGGCAUGUAUACAUUUGUCUACAAUUAUGUUGAAGGCUGUGCCGCCUGUCAACAAAUGAAACCGAACACUCAUCCAACGCGUAUUCCUUUGGAACCAAUUCCCGCCGACCCACACGCAUUACCAUUUUCCUGUUGCACCACCGAUUUUAUUACCGACCUUCCCAUUUCCAAUGGUUUUGAUUCAAUUAUGGUCGUAGUAGACCAUGACCUUACGAAGGGGGUGAUUCUUACGCCCUGCCUCAAAACGAUCACAGCCGAAGGAACAGCCAAGAUUUUUCAUAACAAAGUAUACUCGCGAUUUGGAUUACCCGACCGAAUCAUCUCGGAUAGAGGACCUCAAUACGCAUCCAAGGUCUUCCAAGAGUUAAAUCGACUACUCCAGAUCAGAUCAUCAAUGAGCACAGCUUAUCACCCUCAGACGGACGGAGAAACAGAGCGAGUCAACCAGGAGCUGGAAAUCUAUCUUCGACUCUAUUGCGGAAACAACCCUGAAACAUGGGCCGACCGCCUGCCAGACCUCGAGUUUUGUCAUAACACAAGGGAACACUCAGCACGGAAGAUGAGCCCAUUCCGCAUCAUGAUGGGAUACGAACCACGUGGACUCCCUUCCGUAUUUCCGACCACGAACAUUCCAUCGGUUGAAUCCAGGCUUGACAUGUUGCAGAAGAUAAGACUAGAAGCACUAGCCAUGCACGAGUUAGCCCGACAACAGAUGGCGGACCGAGUCAGACAAGGAUCGCCGAAGUUUACACUAGGACAGAAGGUCUGGCUAGACUCGAGGAACCUGAAGGUCAAUUAUGCCUCGCGCAAGAUAGCACCAAAGCGUGAGGGGCCAUUCGAAAUUGUCGAAGUCAUUGGACCGGCCAACUAUCGUCUCAAACUCCCGAAGACCUGGCGAGUUCAUUCCGUAUUCCACGCCGCCCUUCUAUCUCCUUAUCGCGAAAACGACAUACAUGGUCCGAAUUACAUGAACCCACCACCUGAUGUCGUUGAUAACGAGGAAGAGUACGAAGUCGAAGCCAUCCUGAAUCACAAGACGUACCGAGGUCAUCUGAGAUCGCCUACUCAGGCGUUAAAUGGGGCAACUCCCGAAGAAAAAUGGAAUGGGACGAAACCAAAUAUCUCGUACCUACAAGAAUUCGGUUCCCCCGUAUGGGUCCUCACGGAGGACGCAACACUAUCAAAGCUAGCGCCCCGUGCCAACAAGUAUAUUUUUGUUGGAUACAUGGACGGACCCAAAGCCAUCAAAUAUUAUGAUGCACAUACGCGCCAGAUUAAAAUCUCGCGUAAUUUCCAAUUUUCUUCGAAUUCCCCGGACCAUUUGCCCGGCAACGCGCCUCACGUGCCACAAGAGCAAAUAGGAUCCGACGUACCUAUCCUCACAGCACAGCGUGAGGGGGAGCAAAAUAUAUUUCCGGGCACUUUACCUAGCAAUGCGUCAGACGUGCCGCAUGCGGAAAGAAGACCCGAAGUCCCAAACCUCACAACGACUGCAGACGUGCGGCGCGAGGGGGAGUUAGGAACUUCCGCGCCACAGUCACCUGCCAAAAAUCCGCGAAAGCGCAGACAGGAUGAUGAUCCUGAUCAACGCAAGGAAAGCGGGACGGACGCACCAAGCCAGCCCAGACGAACCAGAAGAAAGACAGUUCGGCAUGAUUACCGUCUAAUGCACGACCCAGAGGCAGACGAAGAUCUGGAUAAUGAUCCAGAUAAAUCAAAUGCCGAAUUAGUCUAUAUUGCGAUGAGCGCCCACGGAAAUGCGGAUGCGGAUGAGCCAAAGACGCUCAGUGAUGCCAAGAGAUCACUCGAGUGGCCCAAAUGGGAACAGGCAGUCCAGACGGAACUCAAUCAACUACAGGGUAUGGAGACUUGGGAGUUAGUGGAACCUCCCGAAGAUCGAAAACCCGUAGGAAAUAAAUGGGUUCUAGUUAAGAAAACAAACAAAGAGGGUGAAAUAAUCAAAUACAAAGCCCGCCUGGUUGCGAAGGGAUAUUCUCAAAUCCCAGGCAUGGACUAUACCGAGACGUUCGCGCCCGUAGUCCGCCUCGAAACCAUUCGAGCUAUCCUCGGGCUAGCCGCAAUCUUAGAUUGGGAGAUCGGACAGAUGGACGUGAAAGGCGCCUAUCUCAAUGGAACUCUCAAAGAAGAAGUGUAUAUGCGGCAACCCGAAGGAUACAGCGAUGGAACAUACCGCGUAUGUAAAUUAAAGAAAACCCUCUAUGGGCUAAAGCAGUCUGGCCAAGAAUGGAAUAUCGUGCUGAACCGCAAGUUACUAGACGCGGGAUUCAAGCGCCUAUUCUCGGAUCCAUGUGCGUACAUUCGGAUCAAAGGUGAUAAGAUAGAAAUCGUCACCGUUUGGGUAGACGACCUAUUAAUAUUCACCAAUGAUUGCGCACUGAUGGACCAAUUGAAGAGGGAACUCCGAAAUAUGUUCGAAGUUACCGACCUUGGCGAACCCCGAAAAAUUGUGGGGAUAGAAAUUGAGAGAGACCGUUCAAAGCGGACAAUCAAAAUCUCUCAGACAAAAUAUAUUGAGUCUAUCCUACACAAGAAUGGGCUUACGAACGCCAACACGGUCGGGAUGCCUCUUGAUCCAAAUACAGUGCUUGAAAAAGAAGAACCCGAAACUGAUGACGAAUGCGACCGAGACAACGGAUAUGCAUCGCUCGUCGGAUCACUGAUGUACGCGGCAAUUGCCACGAGACCAGACAUUGCUCACGCCGUGCAACGGCUUAGCUCAUUUACUGCCAAUCCCGGAAUGGCUCAUUGGACUGCUGCUAAACGCGUCCUCCGCUAUCUAUCCGGAACGCGAGAACUUGGAAUAAUCUACGGGCCAAUUGCAGAUGUCAAGCCCGAAGAUCAAUCCAUAUUUGUGGGCUACUCAGAUGCAGACUAUGCGAACGAUAUCCGAGAUCGCAAAUCAAUCUCGGAAUAUUUAUUUAAAUUAGGAAAUGGCACGAUCACGUGGAGCUCAAAGAAGCAAACCACGGUCGCGUCAUCCACCACGGAAGCCGAAUACAUGGCAUCCGCAGAAGCGGCAAAAGAAGCCGUGUGGCUCCGAACACUAUUCAAAGAAAUAGGUUUCGAGCAACAAGAUCCUACAAUUUUAUUCGAGGAUAAUACAGCGGCGAUCUCAAUCGCACGUGAUCCCCAAUUCCACGCGAAAUCAAAACAUUUUGAUGUAAAGCAUCAUUAUGUGCGCGAAAAAUUGAGGGAUAAAUAUAUUGAUAUCCACUACUGUCCCACGGAGGACAUGAUAGCGGAUAUCCUAACAAAAUCACUCCCUAAGCCGAGGCACGAGAAGCUCACAAAGAAGCUCGGAAUGCCCAUCGGCUUGAGGGGGAGUGUUGGAAAGUAG